UACAGCUAUGCUGUUUCCAGCCAAAUCUCUAAGCGGAGGUUGAUAUUUUGGUUUUAUUAAAAAUAUAGUAUUCCGCUUGACCUCAACUUUGCUAAUCAUCGGAUGUCACGUGACCAUUAAAAGGGAUGAAGAACUUGAUACCUGUGGCAGUGAUAUACAUCGGUGUCUAUUUGACACUGACGGUUGCUCGGUCAGUUCAGCCGCAAGGCACUGACGUCCAAUGCAAAGACGGGGAGUUCUAUCACGUGGAGUUUGGACGUUGCUUAUCAUGUAGUGCAUGCAUGCCAGAAUUAGUUCCAUGUGGAUCAUUGUGCCAUGGAUUCAUGAUUUUCAAGGGAUUCUCUUUCCUUCAACAACCACAAGAAAAACCCAAGGGAUUCUCUUUCCUUCAACAACCGGAAGAAAAGCCCAAAGCGGAUUGCAAAACCAAGGAAGAUGUUCCAGAAAAGACGCCAAAGGUGCUGAAUGCCGUGGAGGAAGAGCGAUUGUGGCGUACACUGGCGUUCGCUUUGAUCGGGAUUAUUUGUUUGUUGGUUGUUGCGGCAGCAGUAUUGUUCUUCCUCAGUUUGAAUGGACUUCGCUAUUACCCAGGCUGGUUUUGCAAAACAGUCAAUAAUGACGCAGGUGACGACAGUGAGAAUGGCUAUGUGGUGAUACAUCAGUUCAUCCCCAACUGUGCCACACCCCCUGCCAGCCCAAGCCCCACCCCCAAGGAGAGGGAGGCGGAGUCAGAGCCAACACACGUCCUAGUCAAGUACAAACCUGGCAUCACACAGUACAACAGAGGCUACAAGCCCAAACGUAGGUUGCUGCCAGAGAGUGCAGAUGAUGUCUUCGAGAGCGAUGACAGCGCAGGCAACAGAUCCAUACCCCUUGCCCCCAUCCCUGAGAAGGAGGAUUGUUAACACAGCAGUGCCAUUUCCUACAUUGGAAUUCCCGAAAUGUUGUCUAGUGUGUUUAACCCAUUUAUGCCUAGUGGACUCUCCCAUCCUUGGAUCAAUUUAUUUCCAAAAUUAGGGAUGUCUAGUAUAUUUAUUUCUAUAUUUAGAUAAUUUCUUACAGAAAUUCCUUUAAGCAAAGAGCACAGACCCUGAUCUGGGUCUACACUGUUUUCCAAGGCCUUUUUUCUAGACACUAGGCAUAAAUGGGUUAAUAAAGGACUUAUAGUAGAUAUAGCACCACUUGCUACAGUAACAGUCCUAUAUAUAUGCCAGUGCUGGUAAUAGGAUGGUUCAUAUAUGUAACACCAACAACUUUAAAAAAAAAAUUUUUUUACUCACCUGAGCACAACGUGCUCAUGGUGAGCUUUUGUGAUUGCCUUUUGUCUGUCGUCAGUCGUCUGUCGUGCGGCGUCAACAUUUUGCAUUGUGAACACUCUAGAGGCCACAUUUAUUGUCCGAUCUUCAUGAAACUUGGUCAGAACAUUUGUCCCAUUGAUACCUCGACUGAGUUUGGAACUGUGUCAUGCUGGGUCAAAAACUAAGUCACUAGGUCAAAAAAAAGAAAAUCCUGGUGAAUACUGUAGAAGUCGCAUUUGAUGCCCAAUCUUCAUGUAACUUUGUCAAAAUGUUUGUCUAAAUGAUAUGUUGGUUGAGUUAAAAAAUGGUUCCGGUCCGUUGAAAAACAUGGCCACCAAGGGGCGUGGAAGUAUUCAUUAUAUGGCUAUAGAGAAACCUUAUGAACAUUCUAGAAGUCACAAUUUUUGCCCAAUCAUCAUGAAACUUGGUCAAAACAUUGGUUUCAUUGAUAUCUCAAACAAGUUCGAAAAUGGUCCAGAUCGGUGAAAAAACAUGGCCGCCAGGGGGCGGAGCAGUUUUCUCUAUAUUUCCUUAUAUGGCAAUAGUAAAACCUUGUUAACACUCUAUAGGCCACAUUUAUUUUCCAAUCUCCAUGAAACUUGCUCAGAAGAUUUGUCCCAAUGAUAUCUUGGAGGUGUUCAAAAAUGGUAACCUUUGCUUGAAAAACAUGGCUGCCAAGGGGCGGGGCAUUUUUCCUUAUAGGGCUUUAUAUGACUAUAGUAAAAUCUUGUUAACACUCUAGAGGCCACAUUUAUUGUCCAAUCUUCAUGAAACUUGGUCAGAAGAUUCAUCCCAAUAAUAUCUUGGACGAGUUCAAAAAUGAUGCCGGUUGGUUGAAAAACAUGGCCGCCAAGGGGCUGGUCAUUUUAAGUCCCCUACCGGUUUCACCGGAGGGGACUUAUAGUUUUCGCUCUGUGCAUCUGUGAGUCUGUCACACUGUCUCUUGAUCCUGCGAUAACUUUAAAAGUUCUCAAUAUUUUUUCAUGAAACUUGGAACAUGGAUAGAUGGCAAUAUGGACAUUAUGCACAUCAUUUCAUUUUAUUCCUAUGUCUAAAAUUCUGGUUGCUAUGGCUACAAAUAUAAAAAAAAUCUGAAAAUGUUGGAAUUUCUGACAAUGGUGGAGCCGGUAGGGGACUUAUAUUGCUUGACAAUAGUCUUGUUCCUUAUAUGGCUGUAGUAAAAUCUUGUAAACACUCUAGAGGCCACAUUUAUUGUCCAAUCUUCAUGAAAUUUGGUCAGAAGAUUUGUCUUAUUGAUAUCUUGGAUGAGUUCGAAAAUGGUUACGUUUGCUUGAAAAACAUGGCUGCCAAGGGGCGGGGCAUUUUUCAUCCCAAGAAUAUCUUGGAGGAGUUUAAAAAUUAUGCCGGUUGGUUGAAAAACAUGGCCACCACAGGGGCGGGGCAUUUUUCCUUAUAUGGCUAUAGUAAAACCUUGUUAAUACUCUAGAGGUCACAUUUAUUUUCCGAUCAUCAUGAAACUUGGUCAGAAGAUUUGUCCCAAUGAUAUCUUGGAUGAGUUCAAAAAUGGUUUUGGUUGCUUUAAAAACAUGGCCACCUGGGGGCGGGGCAUUUUUCCUUAUAUGGCUAUAUAUUGCUGUAGUAAAACGAGGCCACAUUUUUUUGUCCAAUCUUCAUGAAAUUUGGUCAGAAGAUUGGUCUCAAUGAUAUCUUGGAUGAGUUUGAAAAUAAUUAUGUUUGCUUAAAAAACGUGGCUUUCAAGGGGCGGGGCAUUUUUCCUUAUAUGGCUAUAGUAAAAUCUUGUUAACACUCUAGAGGCCACGAUUACUUUCCGAUCUUCAAGAAACUUGGUCAUAAGAUUUUUCCCAAUGAUAUAUUGGAUGAGUUCGAAAAUGGUUUUGGUUGCUGAAAAAACAUGGCCAAACAUGCUGAGACGCAGUUUGUCCCAGUUAAUAUAAAUAAUUAUAUAUAUUCUGGUUGUGUUGAUAUUAAGAAAAAAAAACAUUGUUCAGACUUGAUGAUGACAGUUGUCUAAGAUAUGCAGAUUUGGCCUGUUAUAGCAUGUUGUGUUACACUGGCUACAGCCAUGUUGGUUGUGAUUAUCUUGAUAUAUUUCUUUGACAUGUUAAAUGGUGAAUGUUGCAACUCAAAGGUUAAUAAUCACCAAUUUUCUAUACAUUUUUGCAGUUCAUGAACUGCUGUAUUUAAUUAUCAAUUUUCUAUAUCCCCUUAGCGAUAAAUAGUGGAAAAUUUAAAACAAAAAUUGCCAAUUUUGAAUUUGAUAUUUACAUAUCUUAGCAACUCAUAGUAAAUUGUUACACAAAGUGACAUAUUGAAUUUUGUCCUAAAUUUUGUCCAUUUUGAAAGCAUUUGGACAAAGUUCCACGAUUGCAUACUAUAAUGGUGGUGAUAUGCUGAGCAAUAGAUCAAACACGUCAUUGACAACUAUUGAAAUCACUUAAUGACAUGCCAUGUUGUGUACAAAAGUAGUGUUUUUAUGCCCCCGGAUCGAAAGAUCGAGGGUAUAUUGUUUUGGCCUGUCUGUCUGGCAUUGUGUGUGUCCCAAAACUUUAACCAAGGUUAAAGUUUUGCAAUAAAUUUUGCAAUAUUGAAGAUAGCAACUUGAUAUUUGGCAUGCAUGUGUAUCUCAUGGAGCUGCACAUUUUGAGUGGUGAAAGAUCAAGGUCAAGUUCAUCCUUCAAGGUCAAAGGUCAAAUUUAUUCAAAGCGGCGCAAUAGGAGGCAUUGUGUUUCUGACAAACACAUCUUUUGUUUACAAUUGUAGUGCUGUACAUUUAUAUAUUAUGUGCUUAUCGCCAUACAAUAUAGAUGUAGAUGGUGAGUACCAAUAUUGGUCUGUGAUGACUCAUAUGGUAUCAUGUGUCAAAAUAGUAUUUGUGACUAUGUGUUGUGAUAAUUGUUCAGUUUUGUGUCAUUUUUAAGCACAGGUGUUGGGCACAUGGCCAAGUCAAUAAAACACAAUGUGUCAUAAAACAAAGUUGUCAUCACUUCGCCACAAAAAAUUCUGAUAUAAUUUAUGCAUAUAUUAUAUCAGAAUAUUUUUUUGGUCAAACUAAUGAAAGUGUUGUCUUAUGACACAUUGAGAGUGUUUAAGUGACUUGAACAUGCGCCCAACACCUGUGGUUUAAAGAAUCGCAUGAAAUGUUGGGUCUUUAAAAAAGGUGAAGAAGUGUCAAACAAUGUCUUAUCAGCUUGAGUCUGAUCAAAAAGUUUUGGAAAUGUUAAAAUUUCUAGUCGUAAUAAUGUUGGAAACCUAAAGAGAAAAGACCACAACUUUUGUUUGAUUAGAGAAAUAUGAGGUUUGUGUUGCAACAUAUUAAAUCUUGACAAGUGAUAAAGUUGUAUAGCUUUUGUCUCAUGUCUCGUGUAUAUUGUUUCUGAUGUGUUGCUUAAUAGUUUUUAUAGUGAAUGAAAUCUUCAAAUCUUUUAUUUUAUAAGUAUGUAUAGGUAAAGCAAAGGCAAAUCUUACACACGUUAAUUCUAUUUGUUUGCUUUAUUAUGCCCCCCUUCGAAGAAGAGGGGGUAUAUUGUUUUGCACAUGUCGAUCUGUCCAUAUGUCCGUCCGUCCACCAGAUUUUUUCCAGAUGAUAACUCAAGAACGCUUAUGCCUAGGAUCAUGAAACUUCAUAGGUACAUUGAUCAUGACUUGCAGAUGACCCCUAUUGAUUUUCAGGUCACUAGGUCAAAGGUCAAGGUCACUGUGACCCGAAAUAGUAAAAUGGUUUCCAGAUGAUAACUCAAGAACGCUUAUGCCUAGGAUCAUGAAACUUCAUAGAUACAUUUAUCAUAACUCGCAGAUGACCCCUAUUGAUUUUCAGGUCACUAGGUCAAAGGUCAAGGUGACCCGAAAUAGUAAAAUGGUUUCCGGAUGAUAACUCAAGAACGCUUAUGCCUAGGAUCAUGAAACUUCAUAGGUACAUUGAUCAUGACUCGCAGAUGACCCCUAUUGAUUUCCAGCUCACUAGGUCAAAGGUCAAGGUUACGGUGACCCGAAAUAGAAAAUGGUUUCUGGAUAUAACUCAAGAACGCUUAUGCCUAGGAUCAUGAAACUUCAUAGGUACAUUGAUCAUGACUCGCCGAUGAACCCUAUUGAUUUUCAGGUCACUAGGUCAAAGGUCAAGGUCACGGUGACUCAACUUAGAAAAAUGGUUUCUGGAUGAUUACUCAAGAACGCUUACGCCUAGGAUCAUGGAACUUUAUAGGUACAUUGAUCAUGACUCGCAGAUGACCCCUAUUGACUUUCAGGUCACUAGGUCAAAGGUCAAGGUCAUGGUGACUUGACACAGUAAAAUGGUUUCCGGAUGAUAACUCAAGAAAGCUUACGCAUAGGAUCAUGAAACUUCAUAGGUACAUUGAUAAUGACUCGCAAAAUACCCCUAUUUAUUUUCAGGCCGCUAGGUAAAAGGUCAAGGUCACUGCCAAAAAACGUAUUCACACAAUGGCUGCCACUACAACUGACAGCCCAUAUUGGGGGCAUGCAUACAACAAACAGCCCUUGUUUAAAUUAUUCUUUUUUCCAUGUUCUGUAUUUUAUUUUCAGGUUUCACUUCUGGUAUUGAAUGAUUCAAAUCGUUUUUAUGCCCCCGGUAGGGUGGCAUAUAGCAGUUGAACUGUCCGUCAGUCAGUAUGUGUGUGUGUAUGUCAGUCUGUCGGUCUGUCCGAAAAAAAACUUUAACGUUGGCCAUAACUUUUGCAUUAUUGAACAUAGAAACAUGAUAUUUGGCAUGCAUGUGUAUGUCAUGAAGCUGCACAUUUUGAGUGGUGAAAGUUUAAGGUCAAAGUCAUCCUUCAAGGUCAAAGGUCAAAAAAAAAAUCAAAGCAGCGUUCUCAUGAAGCUGCACAUUUUGAGUGGUGGAAGUUCAAGGUAAAGGUCAUCCUUCAAGGUCAAAGGUAAAAAAAACAACAGCACAAUAGGGGGCAUUGUGUUUCUGACAAACACAUCUCUUGUUUAUACUGGUUUCAAAAGAAUUCCUGGCAUUAUGCUGUUGUAAAAUCAUUAUAAUUUGUAUGCCCCUGUCAUGAUAAUUGCGGACAGUCAUACAGGGUUACCUCUAUAGGAGACCAUUUCAGCAUACUUAAUUUUUAGAGGACAGGGACUCAAAUGCAGUAUCAGCAACUUUGUGUUGUUAUUAUUAAGAUGACCUCUUUUAGUUUUUAUAAUAAUUGUUAUAAAACCCAUUUAAACAUCUCUGAUAUCUUAACAAACUUAACAAACUGUAUUGCUUUUUAAAGUAUAUUUAUGUUUGGCUACAUCUCUUUGUAUACUUCCAUGAAAAGAUGUUAUCCUCUUUGUUUAUAUGUUUUUUAUCCACAUGUUUGAACAUAUUAUAUAUUUAUACAAUAUUUCUGUGAACAAGUGUAUUUUCAUCUCAUAUCAUGUUUUGCAUUGAAAAUGCCUCAUUAAACCAUAUUCAUGAUACACAAAAUAAUUGUAAGCUAACUUUACAAUACUGCAUUUACUAAAUUGCAUUUUCAUGAUAGAUUAUUGCUUAAUAAAAUUGUUCUAACAGUGCCGGCACUGAUAAAAGAAGAUCUGAAUUUAAACUCUAUAAUCUACAUGUAGUAUACUAUCUUAAAUAUUUUAGUUAUACCUUUUGGAUUUUUGAAAUUUAAUUUUAAAUGAAUAAUAAUGAUUAAUGAUUGAUCAAAAUACAUGAUAAAGGUUAUGCUAGUAGUCUUUUUAAAUGUUCAACAGAUUGAUCUUUUAGCAUCUUUUGGGAAAAUGAAACUUAAUGCAUGUGGAUAACGUGUUAUCCCAGAUAUCUUGUGAAGUCCGCAUAGGCUAAUCAGACAAAACAUUUUCGGCUUUUAUAUUAUUUUUGGUUUAGAAGAAUCCUCUUUUAAAAAAAAAGUCAUACUAUGCGGAUAUUGUUGUCCCGUCUGUGCAGUGUCCCUGAUAAGCCUUUGGACGACCCUAAACCCUUUGCAUGCUGGGUAAUUUGUCGUAUGCUAAAAUGUUGUCUGCUAAAUUUCAAAAAUUAGCAUUUUCUUCAAUUUUUUUCAAAGAAUACUAUCAGAAUAGCAAACAGUUUGGAUCUUGAUGAGACGCCACGUUCUGUGGCGUCUCAUCUGGAUCCAAACUGUUUGCACAGGCCUUCAAAAUUCGGUUCACGCACCGAAAGGGUUAACAUGCAUUAAGCCCUGUUUUCCCAGAUUGUGGCUCAGUUAAAACAAAAUAAUAAUGUAUUGUCAUUGAUUUGUUUUUGUCAUGGAUGAUUGUUAAUGGGAUCUUACUCAUGUACAUAGAUAAGACAUACUGCUGCGGAGAUUAUUUCAGUAUUAAUUGUAUUAAUGUACAACUACAAGAAGAUAAUAUAGCAAUUUAUUCAACCUGUCAAAAACUAACGUUAUUGUGGAUUUUUUAAUAGCAAUAUGGAUUACAUGUACUUGCAUUGAUACAAACUAUUGUAUGUUCCGUUGAAAAAAUGUAUGUAAUACAUGUGUGAUUUUUUUUCCCCAUGUAUAUGAAAGAACACUAUUUAAAAUUUGCAUUUAUUUGUUUAAAGAUUUAAGGUUUUGCAUUUUACAAAUAACACCUGGUAAUAAACAAACGAUUAAAAGCAUUCAAGAACAUAGUAGUAUUCAAGCCCAGAAGUUUGCUAAGGUUUGUAUAUGAUAAGCCAUCAUGGGGAAGAAUUGUUUUAUAGUUUCUAGUUGCUUCUGUUUUAUAGUUUCUAGUUGUUUAUAGUGAUUUUUAAUAAAGCAGCAUAAUCUAAGGAAUCUAAUUUUUUAAAGACUUAGUUAUUUAUUAUAUUGACACUGCCAGUGUUAGUUGAAGACUUUCUUAUGUUGUAUUUAUGUGUUAUAUGUAUUAAAGCCAUGUGUAUUCAUCUUGUGUUCAGGAAAGAACAGAUUUACAAACCUGUGUUCAUAUAUACAUGUAUAUUUUGAAGAAAAAACAUUUCAAGACUA